UUCCUUAUGAUCCGCCGUCAGAAGACCACCAUUUUCACAGACGCCAAAGAGUCCACCACCGUCUACGAGCUGAAGCRCAUUGUCGAGGGAAUUCUCAAGAAAGAGCCUGAGGAACAGAGGCUCUUCAAGGAUGACCAGUUGCUAGAAGACAGUAAAACUCUUGGCGAUUGCGGCUUCACCAACCAGACUGCAAGACCUCAGGCCCCAGGCACUGUUGGACUGGCUUUCCGAAUGGGUGAUGAGAUGUUUGAGCAGCUGCAGGUGGAGGCAUUCUCCAGCCCUCCAGAGCUCCCUGACGUCAUGAAGCCCCAAGACUGUGGCAGCACUGCCAACGAACAGACUGUGCAGUGA